CGUUUAAGACACACCAAUUCUGACAGUUGCCAACCGACAAAAUAAGUGUUCGUUAAACCCACACUUCCUGCUGCACAAAACCCCCUUUCCCUUUCCCUUUCCCGUUCCCUUUCCCAGUUCAGAAGAUGAAGAAGACGAAGAACAAUUCAGAAUGGAGAGAGAAAUACGCAUACCCAAUCCUAGGAAUAGCCACAAUUUCCACAAUUCUGUACCUCAAUUUCAAUGAUCAGCUUAAUUUCGAAUUCCCCAUUAUUUUUUGGCAGAAAAACAUGGGUUUUGUUGGUGUGAAUUCCACCAACUUCAUCAUAAUCAACGGCCAUGAUGAUCAUCAUCAAGAUGAUCAAAGGGUGUAUGUUAAUGGGUGGAACUCCUACUGGUUGAUGGAGGCGAGUGUGUGGGACCCAUCAAGGUCUAAGGUUUCCAAAAUGCUCAAGAGAGGUGCUCAAAUGGGGUUGAAUGUUUGCCGUACUUGGGCUUUCAGUGACGGGCCUGGCCCGAAUUCCUUGCAGAUUUUACCUGGGGUCUUCAAUGAAAGAGUGCUCAAGGGUUUGGAUUAUGUGAUAGUGGAAGCGAGGAAGAACGGAAUACGAUUAAUUUUUAGUCUAGUAAACAAUCUGAAUGCAUUUGGUGGGAAAGCACAGUAUGUGAAGUGGGCACAAGACGCCGGAAUCAAUAUCUCAUCGUCAACUGAUUCCUUUUUUGCAGAUUCAACAAUUAAGGGCUAUUAUAAAGCUUACAUCAAGGCCAUCGUAGCGAGAAAGAACUCCUUAAGUGGAGUUAUAUAUUCUGAGGAACCAGCCAUAUUUGCCUGGGAACUUAUGAAUGAGCCACGAUGUGAUUCCGACUGUUCUUCCAUUCUUCAGGCUUGGAUUACCGAGAUGGUAGCAUAUAUCAAGAGUUUGGACCAAAAGCAUCUUGUUACCAUUGGUCUUGAAGGGUUUUAUGGACCGAAAACUGCAGAAAAAUCAAAAGUAAAUCCUGGAGAAUGGGCUGCCUCACUUGGAACUGAUUUCAUGCAGAAUUCAGCUAUUGAUGGUAUCGACUUUGCUUCAGUUCACGCAUACCCUGAUAGCUGGAUGCCACAUGCAAACACAACUGCUAAAUUGGAUUUUCUUCAGAUGUGGUUAGAUUCUCAUAUCAGUGAUGGUGACAAUAUUCUGAAGAAACCUAUCCUGUUCACUGAAGUUGGAUACCCAAUAAAUGAUAAAGGUGGAGGAAUUAGUUAUGGAGACACUUCUCUAAAAACCGUCUAUGAUAGCAUUUUUGAGUCGGCCAAGAAGGGCCAAGCAGGAGCAGGGGCCUUGAUAUGGCAGUUGUUGGUUGAAGGAAUGGAGGAAUAUGGGGACCGAUUUUCUCUUGUAGCUUGGGAACAGCCUUCUACCUAUAAAAUGAUGGUAGAACAAUCAUGCAAGCUAAGUAAUAUCAAUACUGGGAAAAGAAAAUCUGCUGGAGAACUCAAUGGAAAAGAUCCUUGCUCCGGUAUUAAGUAUCCGUAAUCUGUGUAGGAUCCUAGACAUCUGACAUGGGUCUGGAUACUUGACAAUUCAUUUUGGACUGAAAAUAUUGAAUAUUUUCAUAAAAUGCCGUGUCUGAUACUUGAGUCCGAUUAACAUAAAUUCUGAAACAAAUUAUGCAAAAUCUAAUGGCUAGGCUUAGAAGCCGUUAGUUAGUUUGAAGGUGCCAUUAUUGAUGAAUCCAAUUAAAGAUUGGCUAUGAUUAUCGAGGGGAAAACUGAAGCAGAGCAACAACAUGAGGGUUUCUGCAUCAGUGUGAAUCAAAGGCAUGCUUUUUCUCUUUUCUGUUCUCCUGUUUAUCUUUUUUACUUGGUAUACAUUGAAAUCUGGUUAUAGUAUAUUGUACUUGUGCGAGUAUUAUAUGUUCUUGCCAAAUUCCAAUCAUACAUGUAAACGCUGGAAGUUCAGAUUCCGUAAGAGUUAAUUUUCUCCUGGGAAAGGGGUGAAAAUUUUGUACUUCAUUGAUAGAAAUAUUUUGUUUCUUUUUGCA